CUACAGGCCUUUGGAGCAGGGCAACUAUGCUGCUCAGGGGAGGAGCCCAGCAGCUGCCACGCCCCCAGCCCCAUUGUGAGGUGAUGGGGGGGGUAGGAGGAGUGUGAGUGACAAGGGCUGUGAUUGGAUGUGGCAGGACCAGGCAGGCCACAUAGGGAGGUGCCCUACAGAGCCCCUCCACUCAGAGUGGUGGGCUGUCAGGGGAGGAUGUUGACCAGGAAAAUGUACGGGCUCCUGGUUGAUGUCAGCCUGUUCAUGGAGCCCCUUGGCUUCGUGAGGGUCCUUGAAUGGAUUUUUUCCAUCUUUGCCUUUGCCACAUGUGGAGGAUAUAAAGGUGCAACUACAAUUUUAGUUUCCUGCCAAGGUGCUAUAAACAAAACAGCUACAGCUGUUUUUGCCUAUCCUUUCAGACUGAAUACAGCUUUAUUUAGUGCACCAAAUCCCACACGAUGCAACAGCACUUGGACUGACACUUAUCUUGUGGGUGACUUCUCCUCUUCUGCACAGUUCUUCGUUGCUGUUGCAGUCUUGGCAUUCCUAUACUGUAUUGCUGCCCUUGUUCUCUACGUUGGGUACAUGCAUGUGUAUCGGAGCAACAGCAAAAUCCCGCUAACUGACUUUGUUGUUACCGUCAUUGGUGCCUUUCUAUGGCUGGUCAGUACCUCGGCCUGGGCUAAGGCACUUACUGAUAUCAAAAUAUCCACUGGUCUCAGCAUUGUUCCAGAAAUUGCAGCUUGCCAAGUGCCAGGAUCAACUUGUUUGUUUGCUUCAGUCACCAGCAUGGGAGGACUGAAUGUGUCUGUGGUUUUUGGAUUACUUAACAUGAUGUUGUGGGGAGGAAAUGCUUGGUUUGUGUACAAGGAGACCACUUUGCAUAAUCCACCAAACACAGCUUCCCAACAUCCAGGAAUCUAUCCAACUCCAUCAGGAAUAUAACAGAUGGGUGAGGCACAUCUGUUUUUUGCAUCCUGUUGCCAACUACUUGGAGCCGCUGGGAUUUAUUUUUGUAAUAAUGGAUGGUAGACAAACUUGUGCUUUGUCCUUAAAGCCCAUGCUUUGCAUAGAAACAAGGAUGAAAACUUUGAAACAUUUAUUUCAUUGAAAUAUAUACAUGGUGCCUUUAAAAUGAAUGCAGUUUCUUCAUUAACUUGUGAAUAGCAAAAUGUUCAAGUCUUCCUAGGUGCAAACUCUCUCCCCCUCUCAGCAAGGGGUUUUUGCUACAGUUUUUGAGAAGAAGCUGCAACUUUUUAUAGUUAAUAUAACAUUGCUCUUUCUUUAAAAGAAAGUGUGAUUAAUUACAACCUUGUUUAGGAUGUUUGGAAUUCCAAUGUUAAAGGUAAUCAGUCAGAUGUUAUGCAUGAGCAAUUCUUUUAGAGAACGGAAAAUAAAAAGCUUUUUCUAAACUUCUGCUUAGCUCUGGUUGCAAGUCUCUGGCAUACUUCUGCAACCAUCUUAUUAGGCCUUCCAGUCCAAGGUAGCUUUUUUUUUUUUUUUUUUUUUUUUAAGAAAAAUAUAACAAGAUCAGUCUGCAAGCAGAAUGUUAGACUCUUGUUUAGACUUUUUUCCUGUGUUCUUUGUUACUAUUUCAUGCUUUGGGACAAAUCUGCAAAUAAGUAUGAUGAAACUUGAA